AUGCAGUUGAUGACAGCCAUCUUCACCACUCUGAGCCUCGUCCUCCCCGCGACAGCCGAACAGCGAUUCUGCUACCCCAUACCAGGAACUGAAAGCACCCCCAUCCCUCAGUCCAUUCUCGAUCUCGAUUAUCAAGUCAAGGUCGACUGGGCAAAUAAGCUCUGCGCCCAGUCGACAUUUCCAUCCGAGGCACUCCAGAGCUCCCAGACCGCUCUCGAAGACGGAAUUUUGGCAGAGGAUGGCCACAUCUACGGCGUCAAGCUUGCCCUUCGAUUCAUCACGUCCGAAACCAUCUGUCUUAAUAAUGUCAAUGCCCUUCUCGGCGUCGGAGCUUGUGAGCAGGGCGGUUUGAUUACGCUCGCCGGCCCCUUUGAGCAGUGGACAUACAUUACCCCUCUCAACUAG